UGGAUGGUGGGGCCGCAGGAGCUAUAAGUGGCCCGGCCAGGGCCCUUGCACGGGUCUCUGGCCAUGCUACUCCUCGGGGUGCUGCUGCUGACUGUGCUGGCUGGUGCCCGCCUGCUGUGGGGCAAGUGGAAGCUCAGGGGUCUGCACCUCCCACCUCUUGUCCCUGGCUGCCUGCACCUGCUGCAGCCCGACCUUCCCCUCCACCUGCUGGGUUUGACGCAGAAACUGGGGCCCAUCUACAGGCUCCGCCUGGGGCUGCAAGAUGUGGUGGUGCUGAAUUCUAAGAGGACCAUCGAGGAAGCCAUGGUCAGGAAAUGGGUGGACUUCGCCGGCAGACCGCAGACGCCAUCCUACAAGCUGGUGUCUCUGCACCACCAGGACCUGUCCCUGGGGGACUACUCCCUGCUGUGGAAGGCUCACAAGAAACUCACCCGCUCAGCCCUGCUGCUGGGCAUCCGCAGCUCCAUGGAGCCGCUGGUGGAGCAGCUGACCCAGGAGUUCUGUGAGCGCAUGAGAGCCCAGGCUGGCACCCCUGUGGCCAUCCAGAAGGAAUUCUCUUUGCUCACCUGCGCCAUCAUCUGUCACCUCACCUUCGGAGACAAGGAGGACACCUUAGUACAUACCUUUCAUGACUGUGUUCAAGACCUGAUGAGAACCUGGGAGCACUGGUCCAUCCAAAUGUUGGACAUCAUUCCCUUUCUCAGGUUUUUUCCCAACCCAGGCCUCUGGAGGCUGAAGCGAGCCUUGGAGAACCGGGACCACAUCGUAGAGAAGCAGCUGAGGCAGCACAAGGAGAGCAUGGUGGCAGGCCAGUGGAGGGACAUGACCGACUACAUGCUCCAGAGGGUGGGGAGGCUGAGAGCAGAAGAGGGCUGUGGACAGCUCCUCGAAGGACACGUGCACAUGUCCGUGGUGGACCUUUUCAUUGGCGGCACCGAGACCACGGCCACCACCCUCUCCUGGGCCGUGGCGUUCUUGCUUCACCACCCUGAGAUUCAGCAGCGACUGCAGGAAGAGCUGGAUCGGGAGCUGGGUCCUGGAGCUUCAGGCUCCCGAAUCCCGUACAGAGACCCCACACGCCUGCCCCUGCUCAGCGCCACCGUUGCCGAGGUGCUGCGCCUGCGGCCCGUCGUGCCCCUGGCCCUGCCGCACUGCACCACGCGGCCCAGCAGUAUCUCGGGCUACGACAUCCCCGAGGGCAUGGUUGUCAUACCCAACCUGCAAGGCGCCCACUUAGACGAGACGGUCUGGGAGCGGCCACAGGAGUUCCGGCCCGAUCGCUUCCUGGUCCCCGGCGCCAGCCCCAGAGUGCUGGCCUUCGGCUGCGGGGCGCGUGUGUGCCUGGGGGAGCCGCUGGCACGCCUUGAGCUCCUGGUGGUGCUGGCGCAGCUGCUCCGGGCCUUCACGCUGAUGCCCGCUGCGGGCACCCUGCCCUCUCUGCGACCCCGGGCCCGCUGCGGCGUCAACCUCAGCAUGCAGCCUUUCCAGGUGCAGCUGCAGCCCCGGGGGGCAGGAGUCCUGGGACGUGGCCAGCACCCAUGACAGGCAGGACACACGACGGCUGUGUGCUUCAGUUUCUCCUUUUAUUUCUCCCGUACAAACCCCGUCCCUCCCCCCUGUAAACAUGGUGCUGUGAGAUCGCAGAUGGAGAAGGCUCCCUCCUCCGGUGGCUGGAUAGUGAGGGUGGCCCCUGGCUCUUCUCUCAGCGCGACCCCUCAGUGCUCGGCAGUCAUACUGGGGCGCCGGAGAUGUGAGCUGUGGUCAGCCUCCCUGGGCUGCUGGGGGCCGGUAGCUUCUUGGUCUGAGCUUCAUUUCCGUGAAGGGCACAGAGAACUCGAAGCCCUUCCAGUAGUACCAGCUCACCCCCUGGGAAAGGAUUGUUGAGACAGAGUCAGAGCCAGACAGACGUCCCAUCUGCUCCCCAGCCUACACCCUGCACCCCGGCAUCUGGGGAGAUGGUUCCCAGAAAUCAAUCACCCUCCCCCCGCACCCACUUCAUGAUCCUCAACUGCAAAGGCCGGAGGCUUAGUCUAAGCUGGCCCU